AUGCACCUUAUCCAGGUGUUGGCAGCCGAGUGCUUUACGACGGGGCAGGACUGGAAUUUUGAUCCAGUUCCAGUCGGUCCAGCUGUGAGCGAGCCUUCUGCACAUCUGUAUCAUCAGGAUGAAGAUGAGACAGCUCCGAGCUCUGAGUGGCUUCCUACUGCUCAGCCUGGUCGUCGUCGGCAACGCCCGGCCCAAAGCAGGUCCGGAGCAAAAUGUAAAUCUGGUCCGGUGGAUCUGGUCUUCCUCAUCGACAGCUCUCGCAGCGUCAGACCUCACGAGUUUGAGACCAUGAGGAAGUUCAUGAUCGACAUCCUCGCCACCCUCGACAUCGGACUCAACACCACCAGAGUGGGCGUGGUUCAGUACUCCAGCCAGGUCCGCAGUGAGUUCUCUCUGAAGACCCACGCCACUCUGGACUCCAUGGUCAAAGGCAUCAAUCAGAUCAUCCCGCUCGCUCAGGGCACCAUGACCGGACUCGCCAUCAAAUACGUCAUGAACGCGGCUUUCAUUGCCGAGGAGGGAGACCGGCCGAAGGUCCCUAACGUGGUCGUGAUUGUGACCGAUGGACGUCCUCAGGACCGCGUGGCCGAGGUGGCGGCCGAGGCCAGAGAGAAGGGCAUCGAGAUCUACGCCGUGGGUGUGGCAAGAGCUGACAUGACAUCACUGAGGGCCAUGGCGUCCCCGCCGUUCGAAGACCACGUCUUCCUGGUGGAGUCCUUCGACCUCAUUCACCAGUUUGGACUUCAGUUCCAGGACAAGCUCUGCGGAAUGGAUCUGUGUCUGGAGUCGGAUCACGGCUGUGAGCACAUCUGUGAGAGCUCGCCGGGCUCCUUCCACUGCCUCUGUCUGCCCGGAUACACCCUGAACAACGACGGCAAGACCUGUGCAGCCAUAGAUCUGUGUGCUGAGGGGAAACACGACUGUGAGCAGGUGUGUGUCAGCUCACCUGGUUCGUUCACCUGCGACUGCAACAAAGGAUACAAACUGAACGACGACAAGAAGACCUGCACAAUGAUCGACUUCUGUUCCUAUGGAAACCACAGUUGUGAUCAUGAGUGUGUGAGUGUGCUCAACGGCUAUCACUGCCGCUGUAACCACGGCUACCGGCUGCUGGAUGACGGCAAGACCUGCCAGGCCAUCGACCUGUGCGCUGAGGGGAAACAUGACUGUGAACAGAUCUGUGUCAGCGCUCCGGGCGUCUUCAGCUGCGACUGCAACGAAGGAUACACACUCAACAAAGACAAAAAAACCUGCGCACCCAUCGACCUGUGCGCUGAGGGGAAACAUGACUGUGAACAGAUCUGUGUCAGCGCUCCGGGCGUCUUCAGCUGCGACUGCAACAAAGGAUUCAAACUCAACAAAGACAAAAAGACGUGCACAAACAUGGACCUGUGUAACACGGUGGAGCACGGCUGUGAGCACCAGUGUGUGAGCACUCCAGGAUCGUACUACUGCGUCUGUCCUGAGGGACGACUGCUGCAGGACGACGGCAAGAGCUGUGGCAGUAA